CAGGAACUCGGGGAGAGGAAAGGCAAGAACGGAAAAGAAGGGCCGGGGAGGAACCCGGGAAGCAGUGGGAGGUCUGCGCCCUUGUAGCUCCGCGCUAGCCGGCCCCGGUCCUUUUGGCACAAGCUCCUCCCGGGCUGCCAGGCGGCUGAGCAAAGGCGGGCCCCGACACGCACCCGGCCUUUUGUGGGAGGGAAACACAAAGGAGAGGGAAAAACACGUCUUCCGUUUUGACGGAGGAGGCCGACAGCUCCAGGAAGCCUGAGCCAGCCAGGAACUCCCGGAGCAGGGCCGAUUAGCCUCCGCAAGUGAGCGCUCCAUUUCGCGGUAAAGGGCUGCGGCCCAGCUGCGCGCUCGGGUGGGAACGGCGGUGCCGGGGCCCCUUCCGGGAUGUGGACACCAGGCGCCGGGCGCAAGAACUGGACAAGUGCCGGGACGCCUCCAGGACGCAAGGGCAAGCGCCAGUGGCCCGGCUCUAGUUUCCGAUUAUUCCUAGAAGGGGUAGGAGAACUCGGGGACACAGCGAGCUGCGUCCAGCAACCCAUGUGUCCCUGAGCUAAAGGAACCCAGGGGGACACAGUCCGCUCCCACUUCCCGAGCAACUCUGGCGGUAGGAGGAUGUUGGGGGAGGCUGCCUGGAGAAGGGGACUGCAGCCCAGAGUUGCCAGACCGAGCUCCGGGCUUGGGGAGUGAGGAUCGUGAGGUCCCACUGCACAGCCCCAGAAUAGCCACCACCGCUGCCUCCGCUCGGUAGCGCGGGGCUGGAGCCUGGAUUGUCCUUGUGGGCGUCCUCGCGGGAACCUGGCGAGUAAGCCAGCUCUCAAGCCUCCGGACUCUGCCUUCCCAGGCUCUAAACUAGCUCUGUACCAGAGCAGCCCCCUCAAUCUGCACCCCGAUUUCCAAUUCCCGUCACUGGAGCAAGCGCUUCAAGAACCUGAGACCGCGCCCUCCGGCGGAUCGCCGAAUGCAGAACCCUCACCCGUUGCAAGUAACACAAGAAGGAAUCGGGGCUCCGGGACACGUGCCACCGGCUGCUGGACUAACCUCAGCGGCUGCAACCCAGGCGCGCGCUCGUUGUGCCUGCUGGUGUUUAUUAGAUACACUGGCGUGCACACAAGUCCACGCCCAGGCUGGUAGCCCAAUGCUCACACCCCCGCGAUUGUCCUCAUUGCCGGUGGCCCAGGAGGCCCAAAGGAAUGAUCCUCAAGUAACCGAGCUUUUCCUGAUGCCCACUCCCCGCCCUGUGUUCCUCACUGUGACAGAUUCUCCUAAUUGAACGGUUAUGGGUCAUCCUCCAAAACCGUUGGACAACAUAUCUCCACGCUUCAGUUCUUCAUGUUUUAAAUACAUAUUUAACGGAUGGCUGCAGAGCCAGCUGGGAAACACGAGGAUUAGAAAAAUAAUGCUCCAGAAGGCACGAGAUUGGGGCGAAGGGGAGAGCCCACUGGGCUUUCUGCCAUAAACUUUCCAGGGAAUUAGGAACAAUGUUGUGGGUUUCUUUUUGUAUUUGCUUAUCUUGUAACUUUACUAACUUGUAGGCGAAUUGCUUACUAAGUUUGUCUGUCUGCUUGUUUUUAAGCCGUACAUGCAAAUUAAAAUUUCCCAAAUAUCGGAAGUAACUAGAGGACACAGAGAGGGCGGGGUAUAUUUCUGAGUGUGCAGUACCAAGGUCUAAGGUCCUGAGAUCUGCCGAAACAAACUUCUGUACUCGAAGUUUAUGGAUGUGAGAGAUUCAGCUCAGGGAAAAAGUUAGAGACCCGCGGCCGCUUCUACCGUAAGAAACCACCAACGAUGCAGUCUGCAGUUCAGCCAGACAGGGUUGCUCUGUAAAGGGUUAACAAGUUUUUCUGUAGACUUGCGGCAGACACCGUCUCUCGAUUUUCCCAUUUAUAAAAUGGGUAGAUGUGUCAGUACCUCUGAACUACCGCAGGCGCUUCUUUAGACCGGAUUUGAUUCCUGCUGGUCAAGGGUUUCUGGAUCUGGGUAAAACGUGUACGAAUGCAGGCACGAGUGGUUGGAUCUCGCUGUCUGGCACAACGUGAAGUCUUUGUCCAGCCCUAAGCAGUCUUUCUGCAGACUAACGUUGCCCCAUACCCGGUGUCGUGCUGACCACCACAAAAAUGUUGCUGAAAAUACUCUCAUCGGGCUCCCCUGUUAAUAAAUAAGGGGUACGGGGUUGAUUAACUCUGGACUGGACUCUGCCCCUUAUUAGCGCGAUUACUGUGCGGAAAGAACUCUUCCCUGGGUCUACACCAUCCCCAACUUUAUGAAGGGUUUUGAUUUCUUCAAAACAGUUCUGGAGUCGCUCCCUUCCUUCUUUCCACGGCUUCUGCCUGGCAAGGCCCUGCCCCCAGGUGGGGGCGCUACCGGCCGCCCGCGGAGCCACGGCAGCGGCCACCUUCUAUACCAGCGCUCAGAGUGCGGAGAAAGUAGGCAAUUUGUACAUGUCAUCGUUUACAUCGGGGGCCUCAAAUGCCGACGUGUUGAUGAAACCCAUGAGAUGGGCACAAGCGACCGCAGAACCCAGAGAGAAAGAGAAAGCAAGGGAGGAGGCUCCAGCCCCAGCUCCUGAGUCGCCAAGAUUACCCGCGCGCAUCCCAAAAGAUCUGACCGCGUCGGGUAUCGGUUAGGUUGUCUGCAGAGCUCCCAGCCCACCCCAUCCCCCAGCCUGACUAUGUAUUUUUAUACAAAUUUGACAAUUUUCCCUCUCUCCGGCGGUCCCAACCGCGACCGGCCCUCUGUACUUCCCGGGUGAGCCCGCGCUCCUCCCCCCGCCUCCUCUCACGCUUCCUCCGCGGUCCCUCUUCCAGUCCCUCCCCAGAAUCUUCCGGCCGCGGACGCCCAUUGGCUGUACGUAGGAGGAGGCGUGUGCCGGGACCCGCGAGUUUCAUUGAGCGGAAUUAGCCCGGAUGACAUCAGCUUCCCAGCACCCCCUCCCCGCCCCCCGCCGCGGGCUCCGUUCAUUGGCGCCGAGGCCCCUCCUAGACCCGCACAUUGUUCCCCGCCCCCGCCGUGGCCACCGCCACCGCGAUCGCCGCCGCCACCGGGCUAUAAAAACCAGCCGAGCCCGGAAAGGUGCGGAUGCUUAUUAUAGACCGACGCGACCUCAGCGCCGGGAGCCAGGUUCUCCACUGCAGCUUUUGGGAACGAGCUCCUCUAAUUGCCUCCACAGAGGUGUGCGUGGAAGCUCCGAACGCCGAGGGCGGGAGGACCGUGCGAAAGCUGCGACUUUCCCUGGGGCCAUGGACUCGGACGCCAGCCUGGUGUCCAGCCGCCCGUCGUCGCCAGAGCCCGAUGACCUUUUCCUGCCGGCCCGGAGCAAGGGCAGCGGCGGCAGCGGCUUCACAGGGGGCACGGUGUCCUCGUCCACGCCGAGCGACUGCCCGCCAGAGCUGAGCGCCGAGCUGCGCGGCGCCAUGGGCGCUGCGGGCGUGCACCCCGGGGACAAGCUGGGCGGCGGCGGCUUCAAGUCGUCCUCGUCCAGCACGUCGUCGUCCACGUCGUCGGCGGCUGCGUCGUCCACCAAGAAGGACAAGAAGCAGAUGACGGAGCCGGAGCUGCAGCAGCUCCGCCUGAAGAUCAACAGCCGCGAGCGCAAGCGCAUGCAUGACCUCAACAUCGCCAUGGACGGGCUGCGCGAGGUCAUGCCGUACGCUCACGGCCCGUCGGUGCGCAAGCUCUCCAAGAUCGCCACGCUGCUGCUGGCGCGCAACUACAUUCUCAUGCUCACCAACUCCCUGGAGGAGAUGAAGCGACUGGUGAGCGAGAUCUACGGCGGCCACCACGCGGGCUUCCACCCGUCAGCCUGCGGCGGCCUGGCGCACUCAGCGCCCCUGCCCGCCGCCACUGCGCACCCCGCGGCCGCCGCCCACGCGGCGCACCACCCCGCGGUGCACCAUCCCAUCCUGCCUCCCGCAGCCGCGGCCGCCGCCGCUGCAGCCGCCGCCGCCGCGGUGUCCAGCGCCUCCCUGCCCGGCUCCGGGUUGUCGUCAGUCGGCUCCAUUCGGCCCCCGCACGGCCUCCUGAAAUCUCCGUCGGCAGCCGCGGCGGCCCCGCUGGGUGGCGGGGGCGGCGGCAGCGGGGGCAGCGGCGGCUUCCAGCACUGGGGCGGCAUGCCCUGCCCCUGUAGCAUGUGCCAGGUGCCACCGCCGCACCACCACGUGUCGGCCAUGGGCGCCGGGAGCUUGCCGCGCCUCACCUCUGACGCCAAGUGAGCCGGCCGGCGCCGGAGCGUUCUGGCGAGCGGGAGGUCCGGAGGCUGAGGGGAAGCGAGGACUGGCCGGAGCGGGGCCCUGGGAGCUCAGUUCCCAGGAGAAGCUCAAGACCUUGGGCUGAGGGUGGGGGCGAUGGUGAGGACUCCAGCACCUCCCGGGGGCGCGCACUAAACUGGGGGGAGUGAGUGGAGCGACCUGGUUUUAGCCCUCUCUAAACAGCGCUGGCCCGGAGACACCGUUUUAUAAGAGGGCACCGCUAUGUGCACCCCUUCCUCUAUCCCUCUUCUCCCCCAAAAAGAGACGAUUUAAAAAACUGAUUUCCCGGGGAACACGGCCUCACUCGGCCUGGGCUGCACUUCGUUUCACGGGGCAAUGGGGAGGGAGGGGAGCGUUGGGGACUUCCUCUCCUUCCUCCUUUCUUGGCGGGUAGGAGACUCCGGGGAGCAGCACUCCCGGAGCGGCCGUGGGGUUCAGGCCUCGCGGUCAAGGGUCGUCUCUGGCCCAGGGCCGGGGACUAGGAGAUAGUUGGAAACUGACAUUCGGUACCAGAAGCACUUACAGUCGUAUCCAAUCUCAGUGUCUGGUAAACCCACCACCGUUUGACAGCCGUUGCCAGUCCUCCCUGUCUUACUGGUUUAAGGCUUGUGGUUUUAAAAUCUGUCCCUGUCCCGUUGUCAACAAUACAAACUAACUUUAUAAACGGUCAGUAUAGAACCACCUGUGGAUUGGAACAACCUGAAACUGGCGAUUUGAGGAGCGGGUGUUUUUAGUUAUUUUAAAAUAGAAUUCCCCCCUCCCACCCCAUUCUUUCCGUCUCCGAGCACAAAGUGAUUGGGUUCCUUACCCGACUGGGGCACUUGUGGUGGUUGAUACCUGAGAGUUUGACAGAACUCGGAGGCCGUUGCUGUGAAUAUAGUUUGGGUUAUUUGGGGGUUCUGUUGGCAUUUUAAUUUUUUCUUUCUUGGGUGUGUAAAUAUAAUAUCAAUGAUGAGGUAAGUGCGUGCUAAGCUGUAUGCUCACGCGACUGCCAGCCCUACCCGAGUCUAAGCCGGGUUUCCUGUUUACUGGUUUCUUUUUGCCACGUUUAACACAAAUGACAAACUCCUCCACGUGCUUCCUGCGUCCGUGCAAAGCGCCGCGGCGCUGCCAGCGUCGUAAUUGGGCUUCACAGCGUCUGCCACAUAACGUCCCUCCUCUGAUCGCUGCCCCUCGCACAGAGUGUAUCAUCUGUUUUAUUUUUGUAAAAAGAAAAAAGUGCUAAAUAAUAUUUAUUACUUGUUUGGUUGCAAAACGAAAUAAAUGAUCGAGUGU